UGUUCGUCUUCUUUCUCUUCGCUUGGGUAAAAAUGGUGAAAAUGGCGAAUAAGAAAACACGUGGUCCGGAUAAAGCCCAAAGUAAUUCAUCGAAUAUUGUGAUCGAGAAACUCGAAGAUGCUGCUGACAUUGUUCGUCAACCACCCGUAUUCACCAAUGAUUCCAAGUACAUAUGUAUUGCAUCCGGCCGGCAAAUAGGAAUUUACAGCGUCGAAUCAGCGGACAAAGUUCAUAGUUUGGAGGAACAUACUGUUGAUGUAAUUGGUUUGGCAAUCAAAGAUGACAACAGCCUCCUGUCAUGUGAUGCUUCUGGGGAAAUCAUUGAAUGGAACAUCAACAAUGGAACCAUGAUCAAGAAAGUGCCGCUCGUCGUAGCUGGCAUAAAAGAAUUUCAUUCUUUUCACUACCCUGGAAAUGGCAAAUUUCUGGUAGCCACACCGUCAGCAUAUGCUACAAACAUGUCAUCACUUUGGAUAGUGGACAACAACACACGUCCAAGGAAACUAUUUGCUGAUGUUAUAAGCGCACCUCAUACUAUUGCUUUUGGCUGCAGCCAAGGUAAUGGGUCAUUAGUUGUCGUAGCCCUGCAGGACUACAGUGUUGUUGUUAAAGACAUUACAAAUGGUGUUGAUAAAAAGCACAUGACCGACCAAAGAAAGUUCACAUGUGUUGCUUUACACAGUGAAAAACUCAUCAUGGCAACAGGAGAUAUUUCAGGACGUAUUCUUAUUUGGCAUGACUUUGUUCACAAGUCUAGACCAGUGAAAACGGUUUAUCACUGGCAUACAUUACCUGUCAACUCUGUUUGUUUUUCCACCGAAGGGGAAUAUCUUUAUAGUGGGGGAUCCGAGAAAGUAAUGGUAAAAUGGCGACUUGGCAUGUCUCGCAAACAAUUUUUACCACGUAUGGGAUCGUCAAUCAAAUAUAUCGUGAAUGCCCCGGACAACAUAUGCGUCGCCACAUCUCACUCUGACAACGCAAUACGUUUCAUUGAUUCAACCAACAAAAUCAACCGGGCCAUCAUUGGAUUGGUUAAACAUGAUCCAAUCCGAAGUUUCGCAGACACUGAACCAAUCAAAGAAUCAGUAAUGCCCACUGGCCUGGUUUUUGAUCCACGAAGUCGUGGAAUUUUCUUCAAUGCACAAGCUGGAUUCCUUCAGCUUUUUGAUCCGCAAAAAAAUGCCUUAAUUUUCAAUAUGGAUGUGGCCAACCGUAACGUACUGACCGAUGAGCGUAAUCUCGUAAUAGGAAACGCUGAAAUAUUGCGAGUUGCUGUCUCGCCCACCGGCGAGUGGCUAGCAACAUUAGAAGUCUGGUCAAACAUGUCAGCUGGUUAUCACGACAUGAAUUUAAAGUUUUGGCGGUAUGAUGCCGUUCAAGCCAACUAUGAACUUAACACUGACGUAACCAUGCCGCACCAGGACCGGGUCACUGCCCUUUCCUUCCAGCCAGGAUUACUAGGCACUGAAAUGCCUUGUCUCGUCUCAAUUGGCUGCGAUCUUAAAUUUAAAAUUUGGCGGCUGAUCGACGACACCGACAUUUAUCGACAGAAAGAAUCCUGGUCUUGUGAUGUUGCUGGAGAUUUCCGUAAACUCACACCUUCAGCUCUUUCGUUUUCCGAAGAUGGGUCAUUAAUGGCCAUCGCCUUUCAAGAUACUGUUACUCUAUGGGAUCCAACGUCCAUCAACCUCAACACGACUCUCAGCCAUACGCUCGUGCAAGAACCCAUCGAGUUAAUGGAAUUCGGGAGGGAUCACUGCUUUCGCUACCUUGUUUGUGCCUCAAAGUCAGCCCUUUACGCUUGGGACGUAAUCAGCCAAGGAUUGGUUUGGAAGGUGGGACGGUUGCAAAGUUCUGUUAGGUGUUUGGUGCCUGAUCCCAAAUCUUGCUACAUGGCAGCUGUUUUGCAAAAUAGUGAAGUGUUUGUAUUUUCUCCUUCGAGUUCGAAGCCGGUACAUUCUAUUCCAAAAAUCAACAGUUCGGAACCGAUUGCGGCAUUAUUUGUUCCGCGUCCGAAUCCAUUGGCAAGUGGGCCAGAAUGGCUCAUAAAUUCGCGACUUUUGAUUGUCGAUGAUCAACAAGAAUUCUUUUGUGUGGAUGACGUAUCCAGCUCUGGAUUCAACCAGAAACUGACGACUCCAAUUUCUCACAUGGACAGUUUACCUUGGACACCAUUUGCUGCCAUGAAAGCGCAAAAACAGAUCUCUGCUGCAAAACAGUUGGUACCUGUCAUUCACCAGACGAGCGGUAUUCAAGGAUACGAAUCUGUCCAAUCGCUGUUGGAGACAUCGGCUUCUGCCUUACCCCCUAUGUCUAGAAUUUGCAGCUUAUUCAUGAGUGACCUCAUGAUUAAGCAUGGCCCUAAAGCGGUGACUGCAAAAGCGAACUCCGUGGAUCGUACAACAACUGACUUGCCUUUAUCGAACGGGCAUAUCGACUCUAAAACGCAAGACUUCAGUGAAGAAACAAUGUUACAGAAAUUAUUGACAUUGGAUUGCCAAUGGCUGGUUGAGACUGUGAAAUAACUUGACACAUUUUAAAAUUG